AUGCAAGCAAAGAAACGUUAUAUUCUACUAACGCUGUUGUGUGUAGUUUUAUUGUAUUUCUAUUUUGCUCGACAUGGAAUGAAAUCGAAACGUUUGGAUACCAAUUAUCGCAAUAACUUGCCAUCUUUUGCCACCAUAGAAGAAUUAUCCGAAUCCCCAUCUCGUCUAAAACGAAAUCCUAAUUCAAAAAGCAAGGCCUGUCGUAUGGAAACGUGUUUCAAUUUUGAAAAUUGUGGAAACGAUCCAAAAGUCUAUGUGUAUCCAACAGAUGGGCCAGUCAGUGCCACUUACAGAAAAGUUUUGUCAGUUAUACGGGAGUCCAGAUAUGCGACACGAGAUCCAUUGGAGGCAUGCUUAUUUGUUCCAGCUGUUGAUACUUUAGAUGCAGAUCCCUUAUCGUCAGAGCAUAUAGCAGAUGUAGCGUCUCGACUGUCUCGCUUACCACAUUGGAAAAAUGGACGCAAUCAUUUGAUAUUCAACUUGUAUGCAGGGACAUGGCCAGAUUAUUCUGAGGGAUCCUUAGGAUUUGAUCCUGGUGAAGCUAUUUUAGCUCGAGCAAGUGUCUCAGAAGCGUUAUUUAGAGAAGGGUUUGAUAUCUCACUUCCAUUAUUUCAUAAAGAACAUCCUGAGCGAGGUGGCACACCUCCUUCCGCAACUGCUAAUCCCUUUCCUGCCUCUCGGCAUCACUUACUAGCGUUUAAGGGGAAACGCUAUGUUCAUGGAAUAGGCAGUGAGACACGAAAUUCCCUCUGGCAUCUCCAUGACGGUAGUAACUUAGUUUUAGUUACUACUUGUCGACAUGGAAAGUCAUGGAAAGACCUUAGAGAUGAACGGUGUGAUGAAGAUAAUAAAGAAUAUGAUAAAUUUGACUAUGAACAACUAUUGGCAAAUUCAACGUUUUGUCUAGUCGCUAGAGGAAGGCGUCUCGGUUCAUAUCGUUUCCUUGAAGCUUUAGCAUCCGGCUGUGUGCCUGUCCUUCUUAGUAAUGGAUGGAGGCUUCCCUUCGACGAACGUAUUGAUUGGCGUCGUGCAGUUAUAUGGGCUGAUGAACGACUUCUGUUGCAAGUGCCCGAGCUGGUACGCUCCGUACCCCCUGAGCGUGUGCUCGCUCUAAGACAACAGACACAACUUCUAUGGGAACAAUAUUUUUCUUCGAUUGAAAAAAUUGUUUUUACUACAAUUGAGAUAAUACUGGAAAGAAUAACGAUGCACAGAACGUCGCGGCACCGCGAAGCGUUAAUAUGGAACACGGCCCCUGGUGCUUUGGGAACAUUAGCGAAUUAUGGUGACUCUCGCGCACACCUGCCCUUGGGUGUAUGUGCGCCAGAUCCUCCCGUGGCUCCUUCCUCACCCCCUAUUCUUUUGCCAGCUCCAUCUGUGCCUCUCAUCGCACCGCCGGUCACCCCGGGUAAUACGUUUACAGCUCUGCUUUACGUACAAGCUACAUCACCCGCACUACAUAAACUACUAGCCAACAUUGCCAGCAGCGAAUUCUGUGAAAAGGUGGUUCUGGUCUGGGACAGCGAGCGUGCCGCACCGUCUUUGAAAUCGCUGUCACGGAUGGCUGGUGAUCUCCGUGAUCCAUUGCCUGUUACAGUUGUUGAUGCUACAACUCACUAUCCAGGGGGGGGCGUAUCAGCUCGGUGGCAGCCGUUGUGGGCAAUUCCGACCGCCGCUGUAUUUUCGCUGGACGGCGACGCGCCCCUUCUGGCGGAAGAGCUAGAUUUCGCUUUUCGAGUGUGGCAGCAAUUUCCCGAACGCAUUGUCGGGUACCCCGCACGAAAUCAUUAUUGGGACGAGUCCAAGGGAGCGUGGGGCUACAGUAGCAAAUGGGGUGGCUCGUACUCGAUGGUGUUGCCCGGUGCGGCGCUCGUCCAUCGCGCUGCCUUGGCGCUGUACGCGGCCGCGGCGCCCGCUCUGCGUCUCGCGGUGCGUCGCGCCGACAACUGCGAAGAUAUUCUGCUGAACUGCCUCGUGGCGCAUCUCACGCGACGUCCUCCUCUUAAAUUGGCACAGCGCAGGCGAUAUAAAACUGCCCACCACAGAUAUAAAUCGUCAUGGAGUGAUCCUGAACACUUCGUCCAGAGACAGUCGUGCUUAAACACAUUCGCGGCCGCUUGGGGCUAUAUGCCACUGGUACGCUCUGUUUUGCGACUGGAUCCCAUACUAUUUAAGGACCCAGUCUCUACGCUGCGAAAAAAAUAUAGGAAAAUGGAAUUAGUCACUUCAUAG